GCAGCUUGAAUACCUAAAGCUGUAGUUGUGCCAUAAUAGGGACAGAAACAAAAGACUAACAAUGGUUUCGUUCUCUCGAAAUUUAAGGAAACUGGAGCUUCUGCUGUGGAAAAAUUGGAUAAUCGAGAAACGACGGCCUUUCGUUCUGCUUUUCGAGUUUCUUCUACCCGUUCUUGUGCCAUCAAUAUUAGUAAUCGUGCGAACCACCGAAGAAGUGGUCGAGUACCCGAACCCAACGUACUACUCGGCACUACCUCUUUCGUCUCGAUUUGGAAACGGCAGUUCAGAGUCGACGUUCAAUUGUCCUAACUUCCGAUUAGCAUACGCUCCUAGCGGUGAUCCUGUUAUUGAGCAGUACAUACAAGGCGUCAUUGAAAAGCUGCCUUGUAUUUUGAAUAAUUCACUUCCUUAUGAAAGCGAAAAUGCUUUAGAAUACGAUCUAUCAUUGGACGGAAAAUCUAUGGACUCGGUUCUUUGUGGAGUUGUUUUCAAAGAAGCUUCAGAUUCAAAAACGGAUUAUAAAAUCAGGUUCCCAUAUAAAUUACGGGUAUCCGAGGACUCGGAAGACUGGGUCACUGAAUUGCUAUAUCCGGACUCCUCUAACGGACCUCGGAACCCCUCUUUGUUUGUGCAGGACUUUAGGAUCUCUGACGUCUUUCCAGAUUACCGGACUCUUUACCCAGACGAUAAGGAGACAAUACCUGUUGAGGACUAUGGCGGAUUACCUAGUUAUUAUUUAGAAGGGUUUCUUUUUAUCCAGUCAGCAUUGGAUCUAGUUAUAAUGCAGAGUCUUAACGUUCCCGAUGCUGAAAAUCUCGACAUUCGAGUACAAAGAUUCCCAUUUCCGCCUUACUUGAAAGACGAUUUUGUUUCAACUCUUGAGCAAUUUCUAGGAAAUUUAUUUCUACUUUCUUUUGUUUUCAUUACGUUCAACAUUGUUAAAAAUGUAGUCAGCGAGAAAGAAAAAAGACUGAAAGAGUCUAUGAGGAUAAUGGGACUGGAGAAUUACCUGCACUGGAUGGCAUGGGUUAUACAGUACUCGUUUUUCACCCUCAUUAUUGUUUCAUUGACAACCCUGUUCCUCUGCAUUGAUAUGAGUACGGAAAAGGUGUUGCCCUCGGCGGACUGGUCGGUGGUGUUUGUGUUUGUGCUACUGUAUGGCCUGUCCUCCAUGUCCCUCUGCUUCCUCCUCACCACCCUCUUCUCCCGUGCCAAUGUCGCCUCCGUCAUCGCCACCCUCAUCUGGUUCAUCACCUUCCUCCCAUUUCUCAUACUCUACAACAGCUACGAUGACUUGACUCUACCGAUCAAGCUUGUGCCCUGUCUCCUCUGCAACACUGCCAUGGGACUCGGAUCCUACCUCAUUGGUGAUUUAGAAGUCAGCGGAGUCGGUGCCAAAUGGAGCAACAUCGCGGAUCCAAUCAACAUGGAAGACGAUCUUACACUUCUUAUGAUUUUCGGAAUGCUCAUUCUAGAUAUUUUCCUUUACGGAACCCUAACUUGGUAUGUAGAAGCAGUAUUUCCAGGAGAGUUCGGAUAUCCGCAACCAAUCUACUUUUUCCUCCAGAAGUCUUACUGGUUUGGAUCUGAUCAAGAUGAUGAAGGUUCUGCUAAAGCUACAUCAUACGAACCUGAUUGUGACACAGAAUUUAUAGAGGAAGAAGACGAAGCAAUUCCAAAAGGAAUCGAAAUCAUCGGGCUUCGGAAAGAGUUCAAGGACAAAGUUGCAGUCAACAAUUUGUCCUUAAACCUGUACCACGAGCAGAUAACAGUUCUUCUAGGUCACAACGGGGCUGGUAAAAGCACAACUAUGUCCAUGUUGACAGGUCUUUUUCCGCCUACUAGAGGCAAUGCUAUUGUAAAUGGGUUCAAAUUAAAAGGUCAGUUGAGCAAAGUUCGCGAGAGUCUAGGACUGUGUCCGCAGCAUGAUGUUUUAUUUGAUCAGUUGACAGUCGAUGAACAUCUGACGUUCUUCGGAUUGCUUAAGGGAGCAAAAGAAAGAGAUUUGAAGUUCGAGAUUAUGAAUAUUCUAGAAGCUUUGCAACUGCCUGAUAAACGUUACUCGACGUCCAGGACUUUAUCAGGUGGAAUGAAGCGGAAACUGUCGGUAGCCAUAGCUCUGAUUGGUAACUCCAAAGUAGUCAUACUUGACGAGCCCACUUCCGGUAUGGACCCGGCAGCCAGGAGACUCACCUGGGAUGUUCUUCUACAGUCCAAAACUGACCGCACAAUAAUGCUGACUACCCACUUCAUGGACGAGGCAGAUGUGUUGGGGGACAGGAUAGCCAUCAUGGCCGAGGGAAAACUGCAAUGCGUUGGAUCCUCUCUCUUCCUCAAGAGGAAAUACGGCGUGGGAUAUCAACUAACUGUAGUCACCGGUCCAAGUUUUGAAGUCUCAACCCUGGAAAGUGAAGUGCAGAAAAACGUGCCCGGAUCUUUUAUCGAACGUCAAGUUGGGAACGAACUGUUGUUCACGCUUCCUUCUGAGCUUGUUUCGAACUUCUACGGCCUUUUCCAACAGAUGGAACAGAACCAAGAUCGAUUCGGGAUUGAAUCAUACGGCAUUUCAGUCACAACAAUCGAAGAAGUGUUUCUAAGAGUUGGGAAACUUUUGGAAGAAGAUGAAAUAAAUGAAAACAAUUUCAAAAGAGUCGCGAGUACUGCGUCGUAUAGUGCAGGUUUAGACGAACUUGGAGAUCUUGAAAAUACUUCGAAAAAAGAUGGGGCUGAAAUUAACUUCGAAUACAAUGAAUCAGCUCAAAAGUACUCGUCUAAGAUGUCCCUCUGGUAUCAACAGUUUCAAGCUACAGUAGUGAAGCGUGUUAUACAUUCGAUGCGGAACAAAAAAGUGGCGAUUGCUCAACUUCUUAUACCAGCUUUAUGCACAAGUUUUGCACUUCUGGUCACUAAAAUUGCAGAUGAUGACUUAGAUUCGCCUGAACGAAAAAUGCUUUUAAGUGAGUAUGAUUCACCGUUCACACUAUUCGCCGGAAACGCUUUGGAUCAAACUUCUGGUUCUUUGAUAGCUGCCUAUGGCCAAAUUGUAAAUGACCAAAGUAACAAGGGAUCUCGAGUAACGUUUGUCAAUACGUCGACUAUUGAAGACGAAAUAGUCAUUUUAGCCGAACAAAACUUGGCGAGAUACAAUAACCGAAUGAUGGUGGCAGCUGAAUUUUACGACACGAUAACAGUUUGGUAUAACAACGUAGCAUAUCAUACCGCGUCCCUUUCUCUCAAUUUGAUCUCAAACGCCAUUCUUCUGGCUUCGGAUGCUGCUCAUACCAUUUCUGUAUCGAACCACCCACUACCUCAAACCAUUGAUGAUUCCGCCGAAAACUUAUCAGAUGUGGACGCCGUUUGGCAAGGUUUUAAUGUUGGCUUCAAUAUUUCGUUUGGAUUUGCAUUUUUAGUGGCCAGUUUUGUAAUAUUUCCGGUUAAAGAACGAGCUACUAAGUCGAAACAUUUACAGUACGUGUCCGGAUUACAACCAGCGAUUUUCUGGCUUUCGGCGUUUUUCUGGGACGUUCUAAAUUUUCUAGCAUCAGUUGCGGUGCUGAUGUUGCUGUUUGCAGCUUUUCAAGUGGACGCUUAUUCUGGUUCUCGAUUGCUAUUUUUACUGCUAAUAUUCUGUGGGUACAGCAUUGCAGCUUUGCCAAUGAUGUACAGCAUUGCGUUUUUCUUCGAAGAUUCAGUUUCGGCUUUUGUUCGGUGUACGACUCUGAAUAUAGUUUUAUCAGUCGGGACUUUGAUCACAAUAUCAAUUCUAGACAACGACAAAAGUAUCACCAACACACUUGAUUGGACAUUUGUGGUUCUGAUUCCGCAGUAUGCUAUUCCAAUAACGAUGCUGGAUCUUUAUCGCAAUUAUGAGGCUCAUAAGUUUUGCGAUGAUUUCGGCGGUCUCUCGGAUGAACAAUGUGAACUGGUUUUCCCGAACGACUUCGAGGCAAGUUACUUCUCGUGGGAACGGCCCGGAGUUGGUAGAUAUCCGGUUUUCUACAUCAUUCAUAGCAUAUUUUGGUGGACAGUUCUUAUUUGUGUCGAAUCAAAUAUAGUUCAAAGCUUCAAAAACCUGUUUUCAACUUCGCGAAAAGUACCAAAAUCAAAGAAAGCUGAGGAAAUUUUUGCAGAUCAAUCGGAAAGCACUCAAUUUGCCAAAGACGAUAAACUUCAAAAUUAUGAAGCAAGUUCUAAUUCAGAACCUUCUGAAGGUUUAGACAUUGACGUUCAAAAUGAAAUUAACCUUGUCAAAAAUAGUAUCGAAGAUUUAAAACAAUCUUCAACUUUGUUAGUCGAAGGCCUGAACAAAAGUUACAUCACGUCUGAUUUUUUAUUCAGCGACGCUCUUGUAACACACGCGGUUAAAGACAUAUACCUAUCCGUUCCAGCAGCCGAAUGUUUCGGCUUACUGGGAAUCAACGGUGCCGGGAAAACUACAACCUUCAAAAUGCUCACUGGAGAUAUUAGAAUGACUAGUGGAACUGCGUAUAUAAAAGGUGUGGAUAUAUCUAGGAGGAUUAAAGAUGCGCAACAAAUGAUGGGUUACUGUCCUCAGUUCGAUGCUCUGAUUGAUCAGAUGACAGGACGAGAGACACUUCGCAUGUAUGGCAGACUUCGUGGUUUGAAGCCUGACUGCAUCGAAUGCUGUGUGUCUGAGUUGGUGUCCCUUCUGGGCCUGACUCCCUACGCGGACAAGAUGGCAGUCGAGUACAGUGGGGGCAAUAGGAGGAAGCUGAGUGCUGCCAUUGCCAUGAUUGGUCUGCCUCCUCUUGUAUUCCUGGACGAGCCAACGACAGGAAUGGACCCUGCAGCCAGACGUUCCCUGUGGAAGGUGCUGCUACAUCUGGUCAGAGUAUGCUCCCUGUCAAUCAUUCUCACCUCCCACUCGAUGGAGGAGUGCGAGUACCUCUGCUCCCGUCUGGCCAUCAUGGUCAACGGACAGUUCAAGUGCUUAGGAUCACCUCAGCACCUCAAAACCAGGUUCGGACAAGGGUUCACCCUGGUCGCAAAAUUGCAGUACGAUCCCUCAAACGAGAACAAACAAAGAUUUCACCAGUUCAUCGACCAGACAUUUCCAGAUAGCAUUCUGAAAGACGAACACCAAACUAUGGUACAAUACCAAGUGGUAACUCUUGAUUUGAAGUGGUCGGAGAUUUUCAAAACAAUGGAGGAUCACAAAGAGACGCUAAACAUUGUGGACUACAGUGUCAGCCAGACAAGCUUAGAACAAGUUUUUCUCAACUUUGCUAGAAAUCAGACACGAUGAAGAAUUAAUAAAUAUUAUUUGAAAAAAUUGUUUCCCUCAAAUAGCUAAAUUAAAU